ACCGGCACCGUUCGAGCGCUUCAAAAAAGUGUAAACAUUCUUCCAUCAAUAGACUUCCAGCGUCAGUGGCCUGUCAAGAUAUACUUGGCUCAAAACGCUUCACGCAAAGUCUUCUCUCAAGAAAGUUUCGUUUAAAAUUCCGAAGACGCGCCAAUCCACAUUUCGCCGCCUUUCAAUCUCAGGUACGUUGGGGCCCGAUCUGAAUUACGGAAUUGAGCGCUGUCUUUCGAGGAAGAUCUCCAAAGCCGUGGUGGGGCGGACUGGAUGAGCGUCAUCUUCAAUUAGACUUGUUUCCCGCGGGCAUAUCGUGCGAGUCGGUCAACGCAUCAGGAUGACUUCGUCUUCUGCAAGCGCGAGCGAAGUAUACAGAAAAGUUAUCAGGAACGCAGUUUGCGCGACUGCCCUGGAACAGGGUUUCAGCAGUUGCGAUGCGCUGGCUCUGGAAACUUUGACAGAAGUACUUCAAGCGACGCUUAUCGAAAUCUGUCACUCGGCAAAGGCGUACGCGGAGCUCGGAGGCCGCACCGAAGCCAGUGGAGCUGAUGUUUGCCUCGCUAUCGUGGAUUCCGGGAUUAGGAUGGAAGGUCUGAAGGAAUUCAUAAGACGUCCCCGCAAAGUGACCUUGUCCGCACCGAUGGCCCAACCGAGGGUUUCUACGCCGCGGACUCUCCAGACCGGCGAACGCAAGAACCUGCCCAAUUACAUACCUGAUCACUUCCCGCCGUUUCCCGACUCUCAUGCCUACGUACACACGUCGACGCAUCGUCAGCCCGUUACCGAGUACGUGGCGAUCAGGGAGAAACUCGCCUCUCAAAAACGUGACAUUGAGCGAGCCCUGACGAGAUUCGUGGCGAAAACCUCGGGUACGCACACGUUAUUCCCCGAUAAUCCUCAAUUGUACCCCUUGAUCGCCUGCAAGCCGCACCCUCAGCCGUGGAUGAUCGCCCUCUGUCCGAAGGAUCAAAUAUUUGAGGACGAGGACGACGACGAGAAAGAAGAAAUUCUUCCCGAACGAGAAGGCGUCCCUGAUAAUCCGUAUCUAAGACCUGUGAAAAUGCCUCGGAGGAGAUAUUGA